AGGCUCUCAAGAGCCCCUCGGGCACGGGUCAUGGCGGCGGAGUUGGAAGGAGUGUUGGACUUCCGUCUCGGCAAGGGUGUCAUAGGGAAAUGGGCGGUUGGCUGGUUCGUGCUGAGCGGCCGGCACUUGGAGCAGUACGGUGCUGAGAACGGGAAGAAGACGGAGGAGGCGGUGAAGAAGGUCUUUGACCUCUCCGACGCCAACGACUUCGGCUACGAUGUGGAGAAGAACGAGAUCGCCCUGCAGUGCGGCAACGAGCGUAUCCGCCUCCGCGGCCCCGUGGAGACGGUGCGCGCCUGGUACGACGCCAUGCGGAAGAAGGUGCCGCAGGCGCCGCCCGCCAACACCUUUGAGCCCCCAACGCGGGUGCAGGAGCCGAUCGACAACGACGUCGCCUCUGCGCCUGACGUCUCCGCGCGCGCCGCGGCUUCGCCGCCGGAUGCGGAGACCCCGGUCUCGCCCAGGAGCUCUGGAGACGCCACCUCCCCGUCCGGGCGAAAAACACGCAAGAGCUUCUUCCAGACGCCUUUGGAGCACCUCAAGUCCCACGAGCGCCUGGAUCCCUCGGUGGCCACGUCCCUCAGCAAGGCCUCCCAGAUGCUGCUGACCAUCUUCUACCAGCUGGACACCUCCAAGCUCAGGACCUCGGACCUGGUUCGGCGCAUCGACACCUCCGGGGAUGGGGAGAUCUCCAGGAGCGAGCUGCGCAAGGGCUUGGUGGAUUACCUGGGGUUACAGUUUACCAACGAUGAGUUCAAAGAGCUGAUGGGCGUGCUUGAUGCCGACCAGAGUGACUCGAUUUCCGUGAAGGAGUUCGACAGGGCCCUGAAGAAGGCGGCGAAGGGCGAGGACGUGGUGAUCGAGAAAGAGGCGGAGGAGGUCCUCUACGACGCCAUGCUUCAGAUCGACACUGUGAGCGGCAUUGCGAUCGACGCCAGCAACGGGGACUCCAUGUACGUGGCUCGCGCAAAGUGGAAGGAUGAUGAGAAGGGCAAGGGGCCCAAGACAGAGGCGCGCCCCGCCAAUAUCAGCGGAGCUGCCACGGAAGACUGCGCAAUCAGGCAGCAGCUGAAGCUGAUCGCCAAGAAGACCUUCACUGUAGCCGUCCUCAGUGUGUGCCGACGGGCUCCAGACGGCUUCGAGGAGUUGGUGGGCCAGGUGGAGAUGAACGUGCACAGCGAAGAGCACCACGAUGUCCAUCUUCUGCCACUUCUCACGGAAGCUGGUGCCAAGACGGGCACGAGUGUGCGGCUGCGGAUCAAGCUGAAGACCCAAAAGCCGCAAUUCAAGUCGUCGGCGUCCACGAUGUCCCUGGCGCGCAUGGGCUCUUCCGCGUCCUUGGCGUCCCCUCGAAGCGAGAAGAAGGAGGAGGAGGAGAAGGAGGAGCCGGGGGCGCGCCUGGAGAAGCUGUACAAGCUGCACGCCGAGAAGCAGAAGCGCAUGGAGGAGAAGCGCCAGAAGCUGGAAGCCGAGCACAUGGAGAAGCUCCAGCAAGAGGCCAAUGACCUGCGGAGCAAGAGCAUCAAAGCAACGGAGCUGUGCCCGAAGGCUGCCGCCGAUCGCUUGUAUCGCGACAGCAAGGCCCGGAUGAGGCGGAGGCGGGAGCAUCAGUACGCGCACUACCAAAAGGAGGAGGACACCAUUCGCCAGUCCAAAGAGGAGUCUCGCCGCUAUAUGAGCCGGUCCUUGUCGGAGGCUGAACUGAUUUCCUCGGUGAAUGCUGGCAACCGCUUGCACGACCAUGCCAUCAACAAGCAGCUGAACUUGGAGCAGAAAAUCAAGGAGAAGAGCGAGGCCGAAGUGAGGGAGGCCAAGGAGAAGGCGAGCCGCGCUCGCAGCGCGGAGCGGGGAAGCGGCCAGCCGCAAAGAGCGAGCAGUGCUGGAGCUGUUGUGCCGGAAAGGCUCUACCUGCAGGGCAUGGAGCGCAAGCAGAAGAAGGACCAGGAGCUCGAGAAGGCGAAGGCGGAGGAGCGCGAGAAGUUCAUGUCGCGAGUGGUCGGGAGCACCCGUUAUGUCAAGCCCCAGUGCGACUGCAAAGGCGGCCGCUGCCAGGCCGAUCACCACCGCAUGCGCAGUUUGGGCGAGGGCCAGCUGAAGAAAGAUCGCUUCGUGGAGCUCCAUGAUGAGCAUCAGAAGCGGGUGCAUCGCCAGAUCGAGCUGCGAGAGGAGUCCCGGAAGAAGGAGGACGCCAGUCUGAGCAAGGCCAUCGAAGAAGGCCGCGCGCGAGCGCGCCAGAACUUGGACAAGACCAGGAGCACCAGCCGGGAGCUGAUCCCUUGGCACGUGCGGCUCACGCAGACCAAGCCCAAGCCCGAAGAUCCCAGCAAGAAGCCGCCGGCGGUGCCGAAGCCGGCUCCGAAGGCCAGUGGGGUGGAUUACAUCUUGGACCAUUUGAUGUGCUCGCUGCGACUGCGGUGCUCUGCUUUCGCCCCUCCGGACAAGAAGCUGUUGUAUGAUCCACUGAAGAAAGUGGUGGAUGACUACAAGGAGGCGCUGACGCAGUGCACCAAGAUCGAGGGCUUCAGCAGCCUGGCGUCCCGGCCCUCCAUGCGGCUCUACCCGGACGGCCACCUCCUGCCGGACCACGUGGGCUGGCAGUAUGUCAGCGAGCCUGGCCCAGUGCGGCAAGUGCAAGAUGACUUGGAGGAUCUUAUGGUGACGGCCGAGCGAGCGCAGGUGAUGCUGGAGAGCCUCAUCGCGCCCAAGUCGACAGCCUGGAAGCCCGGGGAGCAGCGGCCAAAGCCCUCGGCGGUGCCGAUGGCCAGCUUCGCCUACAGCCACGGCGUGAAGAGCAUGGAGGCAGCCAGAACGAAAGCCAUGGUGCGCUAUGGCCCCGCGGAGAGCGAUCGCAGGCAUCGCCACGUUCUGGAUUUGGCACGCAUUGGCCUGGUGUUCCUGAACUGUGACUUCUUGCAAGACGGGUUGGACCUCAUCCUCAGCCAGUUCGAGGUGGUGGACGUGCGGAAUGGGUUCAGGAACCCCCCUCGUUCCGGAGAGCGCUUUGUGGAAGUGCUGGUGAUCCUGGAGGUGGGUGGCGAAGGAGAGGAGCCGAUUCCUCACGUCUGUGAAAUUCGGCUGGAAGAGAUCAACUUCUACAACGCCCGUUUGCGGGCGGAGGCGCCAAUGCAGAACCUUCUGGGAGCGAUCCGGGACCACUACACCCAGAAGAACCCCAGCUGCAUGGCGCAGCUCACGCGCUGGGUACUGAGCUCGACCCCUGAGAGCCAUGGCCUGCGGGUCUUCAAGAAGCACCUGGCGCGGCGCUUCGGCUCCGCGGUGGGGGCCUGGCGGCGCCGCUGCGGGCGCCUGGUGAGCUUCAGCAAGUUCCGGGACCUCUGCAAGGAGCUGAAGUACCGGGAGCACGCCUCGGAGUACUGGCAGGAGCUGGACAUUGGCCGGAGCGGGUGCGUGUCCCUCUUCGAGGUGGACCCCCAGUUGGUGUGUAUGCUGGCCACCUUCAGGGCUAGGCUCUUGAAGCUGGCCGGCGUCACUGACACGCCAGCGCCGGAGGAGCUAUGGGCCAAGCUGACCGCAAAUGUUCAGCUGGCGCGGGACGACAGGAUGCACAUCAGCGAGUUCACGGCGGUGCUGACGCGGUCGCUGGACUUCAGCUCCACGGAGGCCACGGGGAUCUUCGACGCCCUGGACGCGGAAGGAGGGCACACCUUCAACCCCCCCGGCCGGGUGAGCUUCGCGGACAUCGCGUGGCUCACCAAACUCCCAAACCUCGUGGACCUCGACUGCGUGGCGCUCAGGGUCGGGGGCUUCCAGGAGGACCUGGCCCUCGGUUCCCAGGAUCGCGGUCGCACCCUGCCUGGCUCAGCUUCGGGAGCAGACACCCCACAGAGCGGAGGAAGUGAGAGCCCGCACAGCCAGAGCUUGGCGCCCUCGCCCAGCACAACUGUGACAGCUGCCUCGCCGCCGGCGACGCCGAGCUUGCAGUUGCCCGUCACCAGCAAAACUUCCGGCGAGCCAAGCGCCAGAGCGGUGCUUCCAGCGGAGCCGGCUGCAGUCCCUGCCCCCAACGCAGCACCAGCUCCAAGCCCUGCCCCUCAGCCAGCGGUCGAUGCGGAAGAGCACAAGGAGUUCUUUGGGUCGCCUGCCGCCCCAGUGGCUCCGGCUCCGGCUCCGGUAGCUCCGGCUCCGGCUCCGGUGGCCCCGGGCCCAGUCAACGAAGAGCCGGCAGGCAAAAGUGAAGAGAAAGAAGAUGCUGAGGAGGAGGAGGAAGCGCCUGUGGCCAAGCAGGUGACACUGCAGGCAGAGCCAGAGAUUCAGGAGAUGGAGGUGGAAGCCCAGUCGGAGGGCCAAGAUCAAGAUGAGGAGGAAUGGUCCGAGGAAGAGUAUGACGAGCAAGGUGACGGCUUGCCCACAGAGCUGGAGGACGAGACCUUUUGAGCGCGCUGUGAAGGCAUUGCUGCGGCGACGAGUUUUGGCUCGCUGAUGGCUCGCUGUAACGCUGGCCUUUGCUUAUGGAUUCUCAUUUGCAGCGGGGAAGCCUGAAGGGAGGACACCGUGCGAAACCCUGCUGCUGUGAGAACCGCUCGUGAUUUUCCGGACGCCCUGUGAGACCAGCAGAUGGCUCUGCCGUCUUCCCGUGUCCAAGGGCGCCAUCACAAGUGUAAUGUACCAAGUCAGGCGACUGGGAGAGCUUCAUUCUCGGCGCAUUUGAAG